CUGGCUUAUGGACGGUUCCGUUUCGAUUCGCCGUUUCGCUUGGAAGCAGGACCAUGGACGGUGGCACACAUGGCAGCGGAUGGAUGAAGACAAGCAGUCCACUACGGCAAAAGAUCUUUGUUUCUCCCUUGGUUCUUUAGCACCUUUCCUCAUAUAUCAUCUUGUACCUCCCUUAUCUACGUUGGUAAUUCUGAAGAAGCAUGUUUGACUUCAAUUGUCUCUUGGCAGCUCUCUUUAUCUUUUUGGGUAACCUUCUCAUUUCAAUCUACUAUCUCAAAGAAAAGAAACGUGAGCACUGGGACCAAUAUGCAUAUUUACAGAUGGAUCCUGAUUUCCUCUUGAAAGAUUGGGAAUGGCGUCGUCAGAACCGACAGCUUGAUGUGGCUGCAAAAAUGAUUACUGCCGCGUCCUGGGUGAUUCUGACGGCUCCUGUCAUGCAUCUCUGUAUCGUUCAGUCCAUGGGUGGUGACCGCAAGCUAGGGUUACAUGUGGCAUGUGUCUGCUUUGCCUUGGGUGGUGCCAUUAUGGAAGUCACUGCACAAUUGAUGCACAUGGGAGCCUUUAAUGCUGCCGAUUGGGUCUCUAUCGAAUUUACCUUGGAAAACUGGCACACUAAAGGUGACAAGGUUGGAUGGCAAUCCUUGGAAGUAUCAUGGCGAAAUGCAUCUGCAUUGAUUCUGUGGGUCGAUGCUGUGGAAUAUCUUGCGCUUUCCUUCAUGUUCCUCUGCAUCUUUUGGUCUGUCAAUACCAUGGGCAAUUUGCCAAACAGCAUUGGAAUGGCCAUGGGAGGAUUUGCCUUUUUUAUUGGAAUUCUGUCCAUGGCUGAUUUUGUGGCCUAUGUGGCCAGCUUCAAGUUUUGGGCAACAGCAUCCUUGAUUGGCCGUAUCUUUUUUGUGAUGAAUCGAGUCAUUUUGAUCCCCUUGUUCUUUGUCUUUCUGUCUUGGAAGUUGCCUCCUGCCACCCGAGCUCACCUGCAGGAUGAACAAAGCAAGAGAAGUGGUGUGUCCAUGCCUGCAACUGGAGAUGAGAGACAUAUUGAUUAGAUGAUGGAUGGAUUAGAAGAGGACGACAAUAUGAUGCUAUCUAGCUACUUGAUUAGUGGAUUCCAACUGAAAAAUGCAUUGGGUUUGUCAGAUGAGGAAGCUCAGCCUAAUACAAGAUUUCAACAAUCUGCAAACCGUCAGUGGUUGUUAAAAUUUCAGAGACAGGUUAUUGAGUAGUGAAGACAGGGACAAUCAUUAUCCAUGAGGAAAACGCUAGUGCACUACAUGGAAAUAAAUGGCAAGUGACCCAGAAAUUUUGGAUCUUUUCACCUGAAGAGAAAGUAUUCCUCGUACAGUAUCUAUGCUCCGCAUUCUCGCUAGUCGAAAUCCCCUGAAGUCCGUGGCAAGACAUCUUGCAGAGAGGAGAAGCUCGAGGAUCCAAUGCGAUGCAUGCAUGCAAGUGCCGACAGCUCGAAGCGUGACCAGUCUGAGAAAUCUCAAAAAGGUCAGGCUUGCCUUACGGUAGCAUUCAAAACCCAGAGGCAGAGUGGCACUGCCGCUGGGAGUCCCAAGUCGAACUGGAUGAUUCCAUUGAUCUACGCCAUCACCGGAGAAAAGCGCCAGACUGAAUUCUCUAAUGUUUUCGCAUACGGUAGCUCGGGCAUACUCGCACCAAUUAGUUUCAUCCUUAGUUGUAUCUUUAUUUGU